AUUCGGAGCCGUAAAGAACAUAUACGUGUGUGUGUGAGUGUGUGUGUGUGUUGGAGAAAGAGAAAGAGAGAGGGAGAGAUGCACACACACACAUACACACACACACACACACACACACACACACACACACAUACAUGCACGCACCGAGACACAAGAAAACUGGAGAUAAGUAUUGAGAGUAGGAGGCAAGAGAUAAAUGGCAAGAGUGGCGGUGGUAGUAGUAGUAGUAGUCGUAGUAGGCUGUGUGAUGUAGUUAUUGAUUGUUGUGCCUGACAACAAUAGGUUGAGAGGACGAACAUGGUUCUCUCACUCAUACACACACACACACACACACACACACACACACACACACACACAGACAGGCACAAGCAACAUGGACUUGACCAGCAGACCAAACGAGGGUGAGUGAAUAUGAAGAACACAAUGCAAGCUCACAAUGUCAACAGAUUCUGCAAAAUCAGGGAGACACACAGACAGACAGGAAAUAACUAUGGUUUUAAUUCAGGGUACCUAUCGACUCUUUUUGUGCCAGGCAACAGAGAUAAUUUUUAGCACUGACGUAUGUUGCUGAAAACUGUUCAUUUGGAUACAUUCGUUUGUAUUUCUGUCAUUGGCGGUAGCAUCUGUUAACCUCGCACCACCCUUAUCAUCACAACCACUACCACUCCACACCAUCGCUACAACCACCACCACUCCCACCACCACCACCACCACCACCACCACCACAACAACAACCAUUGUAGUGACAGUGACUGCUACUAUAACUCCCACUGCAGCUAUAAUAACAACUACUACUUCAACCACUACCUCAGCAAACUCCACAACCGCAACUACCACUAAUAUUACUUCUACCUCAGCAAUAGUAUUCGCUACCAAAGCUACUACUACUACUACAAAAUCCCCUACAACAAAAAACACCACUACCAUUACAAUGACCACUACAACACUGCAGCAGUAACUAACAUCAUUACUACACUACAACUACUGCCGCCACAACCACCACCAUCACCACCAUCACUGCAACAACCUUAACAAUAACCAUUGUUACACCAAUAACCAGUACCACAACGACAACUACUACUACUUCCACCAAAACCACUACAACCAUUAUAACACUGGUCACCACUACAACGACAACCACCUAUGCUAUAGCAUACAACUAUCUCACCAAAAAUACAAAACUACCUAAGACGGUCACCCCAAAAUGGCCAAAGUUGUGAUAGCCUACAUUCUGUGGUUUUUUGGUGGACUGUUUGGCAUUCAUCAUAUUUAUUUGAACAGAGAUAACCAGGCUCUUGUGUGGUGGGCAACUCUGGCAGGCUGUGGAAUUGGUUGGUUUAGGGACCUCUGGAGAAUUCCAUUUUAUGUACACCGUGCCAAUAAUGACCAUUUUUAUGUGGAAGAAAUGAAAGACCGGAAGCGGAUUUAUUCUCAUCCACCAAUCACUUAUGAAAGAAUUAUAACCCAGAUCUUCAUCUCGGCACUCUUUGCCUAUCUCUUUUAUUCUGCUUGGCCCUCUGAACUCCUGGAAUCUUAUGGAAGUCUCAAGACUUUGGUAGUGGCUGUUUUCACACCACUUGUUGCUGCUUAUGGCGUGAUGCUGGUAGCCAACAUUGGUGACCAAGAGGGCGACUUGAAACUCUCACUCAUCGGUUCCUUCCUCGGAGUUCCUUUCUAUUGGAACAAUCCAACCCAAAUCAUAUAUUCUUCGCUGAUUUCUACGGCUCUUCUCAACUACAAGGGCAACAAAUGGUCUAAAACAAUGCAUCGUCGUUCUCGGACCAGUUGCCCGAAACGAACUUUACGAAUAACAAUAUUCUGCUGUAUCUACCUUAUGUUGUGGGUCUCGGUUAUUUGUCACAACAUUACGGUCACAAACAGCAACGGAGAAGAACGGAAAUUGUCCGAAGUAAUCUCUACGUUUCUUGCGUCACCAGCAUGGGAAGAAACGAAAGAAUCGGUUUGGUUUCUCUUUGAGUAUGGUACACAGUACGGUUGGUACAAUCUUGCUGAAGCUGUAUGGAAGAUAUUUGACUCCGACGGUAUCCACAAUGCUUACAAGGUACUUGGUUUACAUCAUAACGCAUCUUUGCAAGAAAUCAAAAGCAGUUACCGAAAACUGGUCAAAGAAUGGCAUCCCGACAGACACAAAGACCCCAAGAUGAAGGAAAUUGCCAGUAAACAUUUCAUUACCAUUCAAAGCGCCUAUAUCACACUCACAAAGGAUAAAUCUAGCAGAAGUGCCUAACUAUUCUUAGAUAUACUAGUAAGCAUUUAAGAUACAAGACUUCUGGGAAAGGUUGAUAUGGCACUCACACUUUGGUGGGCCUGAGGCUAUAGAAGAAGACACUUGUCCAAGGUGCCACUCAAUGUGACUGAACCCGGAACCAUGUGGUUGGGAAGCAAGCUUCUUACCACACAGCUACACACAACACAACACACACACACACACACACACACACAUACAUGUAAACACACACAUGCAUAUACACACACAUGCACACAUACACACAGAUGUAUAUAUACACAGAUGCACAUACACGUGCACACACACACACGCACACACAACACACACAUACAUAUGCACACACAUGCACACAUACACACACACAUAUAUGCACAACACACAUACAUAUAUACACACAUGCACACAUUCAUACACAUAUAUAUACACACAUACACAUACAUGCAUAUGCACACAUACACUCAUAUAUAUAUACACACACACAUACACACGCACACCCACACACAACACACACACAUACAUAUACAAGCACACACACACACACACACACACACACACACACAUAUACACACACACAUAUACAUAGACAUAUGUAAGAGGUAAGAGAGUCUGAAGCUUUUACUCUGAUGUUCUUUCUAAUUAUAUUAUCUGGUCCCGUUUACCUGGAAUCAGCUCCCUGCUGUAACCCUUAGAUAAUAACAACAAUGAUUUCUGAUGCAGUCACAAGGCCAUAAAGCUUUGAUGGAGAUGGAUUAACUGAUUAAAUUAGUCCCAGUACAUGACUGGUACUUUAUUCUAACAAUGCAUUCAAGAAUGAUGGAAGUCUAAGUUCACCUUGGUGGUAACUGAAAUGAGACUACAAUGUAUUUCUGUCUGAUAUGUUAACAUUUCAGCCAAUGUUCCUAAUAAUAAUGAUGAUGAUGAUGGUAACAAUGACAAUAAUAAUAAUAAUAAUAAUAAUAAUAAUCCUUUCUACUGAAAGCACAAGGCUUCAAAUUUGGGAGAAGGGAUUAAGUUGAUUUCAUUGAAAUCAGUGUGUAACUGGUACUUAUGUUGUUGGCCCUGAAAGGAUGAAAGGCAUAGUCGACCCCAGUGAAAUUUGAACUCAGAACGUAGCGAUGGGUAAAAUACCACUAAGCAUUUUGUCCAGGGUGCUAAUGAUUCUGCCAGCUUUCUGCCGAACAAUAAUAACAACAGUGAUUUCUGAUUCAUACACUGACAUUUCAGCCAAUGUACUGUCCCUAAUAAUAAUGAUGAUGAUGAUGAUGGUAAUAAUAAUAAUAAUAAUAAUAAUAAUAAUAAUAAUAAUAAUAAUAAUAAUAAUAAUAAUAAUAAUAAGAAGAAGAAGAAGAAGAAGAAGAAGAAGAAGAAGAAGAAAUAAGAAAGCAGUAACAACUAAUACCAGUUCUUGUCCAUGAAAAUGCCCCACAUCAUCAAGGUGUGAUCCAAUGAUGAUGCUCUAUAUUGCUACUCAAGCAGCUAAAAGUAGCAGUUAAAUUCUCCUUCAGAUUACGAGAGGAUGAUAUAUAUUGUGCACAGUGGACUCUGGUCAUGGCCAGGAUGUCUUUGAUAAUAGGUCCUUUCAGCCACUGGACAAUAUUUGUUGAGUGAGAAUUUAUCAGAAAUAUCUAAGAAUAUUUAAAGCUGGAGGAAUCUUCCUGGAGGUCAUUAUUAUCAUUGUCAUCAUCCCUAUCACCUUUUAAAGUCCGUUUUCCAUGCUAGCAUGGGUUGGACAGUUUGGCCAGAGCUGCACUGGGUUCCAGUCUGAUUCAGCUUGGUUUCUACAAAUGGAUGCCAUUCCUAGUGCCACCCACUUUACAGUGUGUGCUGGGAGCUUUUUAUGUGGCACUGGCACAGGACCCUUGUAAACUCCCCCUCUUCACCAGUAGAUGUAGCCUUAACACUUAUGCUGUGGAGGGCAAAUCUUCUUGAAUGCAGCAAGGCACCAAGUAUCUCGGUUCUUUGUCAACUUGUCUGAAAGCUUCAGUAUUCUAAGGUCACCACCUUUCAGUACUUCAUCCCAUGUCUUCCUGGGUCUCCAUCUUCCACAAGAUCCAUCCACUUUGAGAGAUCGGUACUUCUUUAUGGAACUGUUGGCAUCCAUCUGCAUCACAUGACCAAACCAGCACACUGCAUCUAAUUCCUUUUAUGCUUUACUUCUUUCUCAAUACACUAGCUCUCAGUUGCACAAGUACAUUUGUAUUACACAUCCAGUGGAGCAUACUGGCCUCACUCCUCUCAAAUCUUCACGUGUCCUCUGCAAUCAGGUCCCACGUUGCACUACCAUGUAGAAUUGCAGUAUGCAUGCAUCGUAUAAUCUUCCUUUCACUCAAAGAGAGAGAGAGAGAGAACCCUUUGUUUGCCAACGGAGGUAAAAUCUCUCUGAAUUUUCUCCAUUUUAUUCUUAUUUUAGCUAUUACACUCUCUGUAGAUCCCUCUCAAGUACUAAUUUGGUUCUCUAGGUAGCAGAAAUUAUCCACUACCCCUAAAGAGCCUCUGGGGCAUUUGAGAAAAUCAAUUCCCAGAGUAUCUGUAGUUUUUAUGGCUCCUGUGCAUCUUCCACAUAUGAUGGCUACUUUCUGUGACAACCUUCCUAUUCUUCCAUUGCACCUCUUGUGUGUCCAUAGCUUGCACUUGAUACACCAUCUGGAAUUCCUGCCUACAAAUUAAGCAGGGCUGCUUACCUGGAGUGGGCAGGGUCGUGUUUGUUUUCUUGCUUACUGAGACCUUAGUCUUUACUAAGUUAACCUUAAGGCCCUUAAAUUCCAGGUUUUACUUCCACUCGUGAAAUUUCUUUUCUAGCUCUGACACAGAAUCUGCUAUGAUGACAAGAUCAUUAGCAUAUAAUAACUCCAAGGGGCUGUCAUUCUUAUAUUCUUCUGCUAUGUCCUGGAGGACAAUGAUUAAAAGGAGGGGACUCAGGACUGAACCUUGAUGAACACUGUACACUAAAUUCUUUGCUGUACUUGUGACCUUAUGGACAUCAUCUCUGUACAUCAGUUUGCUGCUACAUCAGUCACUGAGUAUUAUACCUUUCUGAAUAACCUGAUUAACUAAGCAGGUGACUAGCCCCUAUCCUACCUUACCAGAUCAUUAUUAAUUUGUUUUGCUAGUUGUGUUCCCUUUAUUCUUAAUUUUAUCCUUAUUUUUAAAAAUAUUUUCUGCACCAAAACUCACACCAAAAUUUACUCCUUGACUUUCUGUCAUAUAUAUAAUGUAUGUAUCAAUAUAUAAAUAUCACACACACACAUAAAACCUAUAUAUAUAUAUAUAUAUAUAUAUACAUAUAUACAUAAUAGAUAUUUGUGUACAUGAGACAUAUAUGUAUAAUGUGUGCCUGUGUAUUUAACAGUUAAGAACCUAAAAUACACCAAAUGAACUAUACUCUUCCACAUUUGUGGCCUCAUACCAAAGUUAGAAAACAUUAUUGUCAAUAAUAAUAAUAAUAAUAAUAAUAAUAAUAAAUCAAAUAUUUUCCCCAUUUUUAUUAAACCAA